AUCUGAGUGUUGUAUCAAACAUGGAUGAGACUGAGCUGAGAUGUCGCACCACCUGCACUCCGUCUAACAAGACAAAUUACAUCUGGUACAAGAACGGACAGCGUGUUAAUUACCAGAACGGAAAUAAACUACCAGUAUCUAAGAGUGAUUGGGAUUCAGGCAGCUACUCCUGUGCUGUAGGAGGACAUGAGGAUCUUCGCUCUCCUGCUGUCUGUUUAUUUAAUGAGAAGAAGUGCUGGAGUGUGACUUACUCCACCCAGACUAUCUGCUCUCUGAUUGGCUCAUCAGUGGACAUGUACAGUUAUUACACCUACCCUCAUCAGUACAAUAUCACAAAAGUGUUCUUGUUCAUUAAAGAUCAGGCUGAUGGUGAGCCUGUGGAUGUGACGGAGAAUGAGGAGUAUCAGGGCCGAGUGCAGUACACACAGAGCUCCCAGAAUAACUGUAGUCUGAGAAUCACUAACCUGACAGAGAGAGACCCUCAGACAUACAAAUUCAGAUUCCUUACUAAUUAUCCUACAGGAAAGUACACAGGAGAACCUGGAGUCUCUCUGUCUGUCACAGAUCUGAAGGUUACAGUAUCAGACUGGAGAGACCAGUACAUGAAUCUGAGCUGUAUCACCAGCUGCACUCUGUCUAACAACCCCACUUACAUCUGGCACGAGAACGGACAGCGUGUGUCUGACUGUAAAUCUGCCUCCUGCUCUGUAGCUGCAGUCAGUGGUGCGGUCAGUUACAGCUGUGCUGUUGAAGGCCAUGACAGUCUCCUCUCUCCUCCAGUGUAUUCCCCUAAAAACACCAGAGCAGUGGUUCUUCCCUCUGGAGACACAGUGGAGGGGGAUUCAGUGACUCUGAGCUGUAGCAGUGAUGCAAACCCUCCUGUUCUCAAUUACACCUGGUUUAGGCAGAGAGCAGCUGCAGACACACUGCUGACAACAGGCCAAACGUUCAGCAUCAGCAACAUCAGCUCCCAGCACAGCGGACUGUACUACUGCACCGCUCACAACCAGCUGGGACAGCACAACUCCACACCAACACUCCUGGAUGUGUUAUGUAGGUGCCAUGCCUUACGACUAGGUUUGCUUUUCUUUCAUGCAAACAUGCUUGCCUGCGGAAACCAGUUCCAGUUUGGGUAUUAGAAAGUUAACGUUGAAAAUAUUUACAUUGUAACAGUCUUUCCCUAAAUUGCAUGUACAAUAUUUUAAAAAGCUAAAAAUGUAAUAUUAAUGGCAUAAUCUUUACCAGAGUUUUGGUAAUGCGGGUUUUUCUUUACAGUCACAUAUCUUUAUUUAU